AUAACUUAGUUCUGUCUUUAUAAGACACAAUGCUUCUCACAUUAUCAAAGACCAAUAUGGUACGCGCUACCCUGCGCUCCAGUCCAGUCAGAUUCACUCCUUAUGCUUCCUUCCAUCAAGCAUCAGAAGCCACUGAUACUCAAAACCUCAUCGAGAAGAUUGUCCAAAAGUACGCUCUUGAUUUGCCCGAAGGAUACAAGGUUAAGAGUGGUGACUAUGUCUCUAUCCGCCCCCAUCAUCUUCUUACCCACGAUAACACUGGGCCUGUCAUCCCAAAAUUCAAGUCCAUCGGAGCUACAAAGUUCUACAACCCCAAACAGCCCGUUUUUGCAUUGGAUCAUGAUGUUCAGAACAAGAGUGAGAAGAAUGUAACAAAGUAUGCCAACAUUGAGAAGUUUGCAAAAGAGCACGGUGUGGACUUUUACCCUGCUGGACGCGGUAUUGGUCACCAAGUCAUGAUUGAGGAAGGCUAUGCAUUCCCCUCCACUCUUACCGUAGCCUCUGAUUCCCACUCUAAUAUGUAUGGUGGUAUUGGUGCCGUUGGUACCCCGAUUGUUCGUACUGAUGCUGCCGCUAUCUGGGCUACGGGUCAAACCUGGUGGCAAAUUCCCCCUGUUGUCAAGGUUGAACUCAAGGGAAACCUUCCUACCGGUGUGACGGGCAAAGAUGUAAUCAUCACUCUCUGUGGUUUAUUCAAUAAAGAUCAAGUUCUCAACACUGCCAUUGAGUUUCACGGCGCAGAUGCCCUCAAGGCCUUGUCUGUUGAAGAUCGUCUGGCUAUUGCCAAUAUGACCACUGAGUGGGGAGCCUUAGCUGGUGUGUUUCCCGUUGACGACCUUACCAUUGACUUCCUUCGCAAGCGUAUGCGACGAAUCGCUCUUUCUCACUUUGAGAACAAGAAUCUUCCACCCACUCCUCCAGGCCAGGAUUUUGUCCACCCUCGCAUCAAUGAGUCCACAAUCCAGGAGCUUAUUGACAACCCAAUCAAGCCUUCUCCCAAUGCCACAUACAGUAAGACACUCACUCUUGAUCUAUCCACCCUUUCGCCUCAUGUCUCCGGACCCAACUCGGUCAAGGUUGCUUCUUCUCUUGCUUCCCUCGAAGAGCAGGACAUCAAGAUCAACAAGGCCUACCUUGUGUCAUGUGUAAAUUCGCGCGCUAGCGACCUUAGACAAGCUGCUGCUGUUAUCAAGGGAAAGAAGGUUAAGGAAGGCGUCGAAUUUUACGUAGCUGCUGCUAGUUCUGAGGUUCAGAAAGAGGUAGAAGAAUCUGGUGACUGGGAUAUCUUGCUCAAGGCUGGUGCUAAAGUUCUUCCUGCUGGUUGCGGUCCUUGUGUCGGUCUUGGUACUGGUCUGUUGAAGGAUGGUGAAGUCGGAAUCUCGGCAACCAACCGUAAUUUCAAGGGUCGUAUGGGUUCUCCCUCUGCAUUGGCUUACCUCGCAUCUCCAGCUGUUGUUGCUGCAUCUGCUGUCCUUGGAAAGAUUGCUUCUCCUGGUUCUGUUGAGAGUGGUUCCAAACUUUCUACUGCCCCAGUUCCUUCCUUUAGCAUCGAGACUAACGAGCAGAAGCAAGCUUCUGGAACCGAAACAGCUGCUGCUGAAGUCCUACCCAACUUUCCUAAUGUAAUUAAGGGUGAACUCUUGUUCUGCCACCAGGAUAACCUCAACACUGAUGGAAUUUAUCCUGGAAAAUACACAUACAACGAUGAUAUGACCACCGAGGACAUGCGUAAGGUCGUUAUGGAGAACUAUGAUCCUGAGUUUGUUAACAUUGUCCAGGAGGGAGAUGUUUUGGUGGGUGGAUACAACUUUGGUACAGGCUCUUCCCGUGAGCAGGCUGCGACCGCUCUCAAGUCUAGAGCUAUUACUAUCAUGGUUGCUGGUUCUUACUCGGAUAUUUUCAAGAGAAACUCAAUCAACAAUGCCUUGUUAUUGAUCGAGUCUCCAGAACUCGUUAAUGAUCUCAAAGAGCAGGCUGGCACUGACACCUUGACCAAGCGUACUGGCUGGGAGGUUGAGAUCCACGUUGCUGAAGGAAAGGUAAACGUGAAGAAGGACGAUGGAAGUAGCAAGCUGUACAAGGUUGGUGGGCUUGGAAAGAGUGUCCAAGAAAUCUGGUUGGCCAAUGGAUUGGAAGGAUGGGUCAAGAACAGACUGUAAAUGACUAGCACAUAUAAAAAGGAGAGAGCCCAAAGGCAAAUUGUAUACAUGUACAUCAAAACUGAGUCGUAGAAACGCUAAACAUAUGCGUAAAAAAAAAGAGUGACAAUAACAACUCAAAUGUUUUUAAAGUAAAUACCAAACUAGUAGUAUAUUUAAUAAAAAGCUUUACUGUCUUUAUCAAAUU